CGCCCCUUGCGAUGGAAGCACAUGAUGUUUUGCGGUAUUGGUACAAUAUGCUGUCACCAAACACCAGGCUAAGAGAUCACGGACGUAUAUUUAGUUCGCGAAGAGAUUGACGACAGAGAAACAUCCUUUCCAAAUAAUAUGGACGACAAAACAGGAUGCAGUGUGCUGCUACGUCGGCUCAUUGAUCGAGUGUGAAGCAGCAUAGAUAUUAUACACGGUGCUGAAAGGAAACAGAACACAUAGGACGUGUCCAGCCGUGAAAAAUAUUCAACGGUUCACAACAUCCACUCAGUUUUUACUAAAUGCUGAAACUGCCAAAAGUACAUCAAGUAUCAUGUGAAGAACCAGCAAGUUGGAAGUCUCAUGGUGUAGCAUGGACAAGCUGAUUCAGGCUCGAGUUCAGAGAAAAUUGUCGUCUUCAGACGCAAGAGCAAAAUGUAAAUGAUGGUCCUUCACAGUGCCAGUGGUGAUCGUUAUCACAUAGAUAUGAGUCCAUCAAAAGGAUUUGUGGCAACAGACAGGUAGAAAAACACUGAAAAUUCCUAGAAUCCAGUUGCUUCAUUGCUUGUUGGUGCGAGCAGCAGCUAUUUAUGGUGAAGAGAACAUGCAUAGGGAUUUUUCAUGGCUCAUCAGUACAAAGAGUGCUUUGAACGUACUGUGUCAGGGUUGUCUGUCCAAAACAAGGAACAGAUAGCUUGUUUUGGGGAGAAUGCAAGCAUUUUGAAUUUCACAUCGGAAAGGAAUAUCUUCUCUGCCAAUAACUGGCAGAAAAAGCUAUUGGAAGAUAAAUCAAAUGGUGUAUUAAGCAGCUUCAUGCCAGGAUGCACAAAUGAUUGCCAUGAAGACAAUUUUUUAUUGUGUGAUCCUGUGAAGGGCUUUAGAGAUGCCACAAGGUUAGAUGUAGACUGUAGACACAAGUGUUCACAGUCACCUCCCUCACUUGACUCGUAUCGUUCCCAGCAAAGUGAUGUAUACCUGACUUCUGCAAAUGGCCUUCUAGAGACUGACGACAAGCCAGCUUUCAGUUCGGUGACUUCAAAUCAGAGUGCAAAAUCGCUGAGUAGAGUGGACAAUCUCCCUCUCAGGAAAGUUAUGUCAUUGAGGUUUGCUGCCAUGGUUACGAAGUCAGAGUGUGAGAUGUCACCUCCAUCAUUUUCAUCUCUUAGUUGGUCAGAAAAGUACAGUCCAGACUCUGCUAAUAGUCUGCCUGAUACUGCUGUGCGCAAUACCUCAAAUUUUUGUCCUGCUCCAUACAGCAGCAGUGACAUGUCUAGCAAGAACUCCUGCAAAGAAUUACAUUUCUCAGCUCAGCCAGCAACAGAAACUGUGGACUUGUCCUUAGGGUCUGGGCAUAAGCAGAAUUCACAUUCUCUUCAUUUGACAACAGAUGUUUCCCCUCUCUCAGGUUACAGUGAUGAAUAUUUUGACAGCUGCGUAGAGAAGGAUCAGAGAAAAAUAAGCUUAAUUUCAGAGAAUGAUGAAGAACUCAGUGAAUCACCUCCCAAGCGUUCCAGGUCCAAAGCAGAUGAGCAAGCAGUGAGUACUUCUAAUUCUUCUGGAAGUGGAAUUGCAGGCCACGCAAGUCGCAGGGGCAAAAGGGCAGAGAAGCCUGCUCAGAGGAAUCGGAAAGGAACUGAGUGCUCAUCCAAAGUAGGCGCAGGCGAUAAAGAUGCCGAUGAAAAACCUCACACCACUUGUCGGCUAGAUUUGCCCUCACAGAUGGACAAUGGCUUCUGUCAGGUGUGCGGAGACAUUGCUGCUGGUUUCUAUUGUGGUGCCUUUAUUUGUGAAGCUUGCAAGAAAUUUUUUAUCAGAGCCUCCAAACAAGAAAAGCACAAGUUUGUUUGUUUGCGGCAAGGUUUGUGUAAAAUUACGAAGGAGAGUCGAGUGCAGUGCCAGUUCUGCCGAUACCAAAAAUGCCUAGACCUGCAGAUGUACUACCCAGGUGAGGGAAAGCGGACUGUCAGUGCAGUUGGUAUAUCAGACAUUCCAUGUCGUGUGUGUAGUGCACCAUCUUCAGGCUUUCAUUUUGGAGCUCUUACUUGUGAGGGGUGUAAGGGAUUCUUCCGGCGUAUGGUCAAGGAAAGAGAGCCAGGAAGCUACCGAUGUUCUGCUGGUGGAACGUGCGAGAUAAGUGCACAGACCCGCAACAUGUGCAAAGCAUGCCGGUACCAAAAGUGUGUUGACAUUGGCAUGUCCGUUGAUGGUAGCCGCAUAGGUAGACAGCCAAAUGCUGUGAAACAUGCCAUAUCUCUUGAGGUGAAAAGAAAAUCUUUAGAGACAGCAUCAAAUGGUGCAGCAUUAAAUGGUGCAGCAUCUUGUAGUUCACCUCCUAAUGGUAACAGCAUGCCAUCGUCUCAAGCUCCGACAUUGUCGAGUAGUCAAACCAAUGGUUCACUGAUUAAAGAGGAGCCAGUCAGCCCUGAAUGUAACAUAUCAUUUAAGGAGGUGGAACUACUUGAGGUUACCACCCCUCCUGUACUGUUGCCUGAAGGGGAGACUUACGAAAAUUGUCAGUCAGUUGAUUACGAAGAGAUGAUUGCAGGCAUUGAAGUUGGGGGGAAUGAGCUGGCACGAAUGUGUGUUAUGGAAAGAGCCACAUCAAAUCAUUUUGACAAAAAUACCUUUUCCUCUCUGGAAAGCACUUGGAAGAAAAUGAUGUCACACUUUGAGUUUCAUGCUCAGUGCAUCAUCCGCUUUGCCAAGAGAGUGCCAGGUUUCCGAAAACUGCCUUUGGAUGAUCAAGUGCUCCUUGUACAACUCGCCAUCUAUCCCAUUGUCAUCUUGAAUCAUUCGCGUACUUACAACGUAAAGACUGGGUUCUACAACUACUUCAACUUCACCAAAUCCGAAGAGGAUGCUAUUUUCAAAGUCUGCCCCGGUUUAAACAUAUUAAGAGAUCAUUUCAAGCACAUGGGCGUCAUGACACAGAUGAUGAAACUGGACAAUGUGGAGUAUACGCUCUUAUCCUGCAUGUUGCUGGUCGACAGCGAGUGUCCAGGGAUUGUGGAGAAAGAAAAGGCACUAGAGUUGCAGACCAAGCUGCUGAAGGUUUUCCAGUUAUAUGAAGAGAGAAGUGGAAAAUGCCGCUUUGGAGAACUGAUGCUGCUGAUCAGCGAGCUGUCACUGGCGAACAUGCAGCAUGGACAAGUAGUGACCGCUUUUGUCAAAGAGCAUCCACAUCUAGAAGUCUGUGCACUGUAUAAAGAAAUGUUCUUCUGAUGUGCUGGGUGCUACUGACGAUCUUUCAAAUUCCGAACGAGGAGAACAAGGUGGCUGCUUUGAGUCUGUGAUGUCGGUGGGUCAUUCUGCCAGAGAACAAUGCUGUGAUCUGUUGCUGCCACGAAGAGUGCUUGGGAGUUGGCAGAGAAAGCCAAACUGCAAAGAAAGUGUUUUCAAAUAAAUAGCCACAUUCUUGGAGCUUAUAAGUUGUUUUGCAUAUAAAAGCUUGUCAUGCUUUACAGUAACAAGCUUUUAAAUUUACCUCAGAACUGGACGUUUGAUGGCUUCAUCAUAAACAAGGUCCCUCAGGUGAGAGAGGUCCCAGCUGCUCCAGAGCCUGUGACAGAAGUGUGCACGUUAGAAAAUUUGACAAGGAACCCUUGUAGCAUUUUCUCAGAUCCAACAUUCACUCCUGAAAGAAUUGUGUUUACC